GAUAAGAGCUACAGACUUUAUCUGAAGAAAUACAUGACCCAAAUCUGUAUUACAAUAACAAGGGGCCAGUGCAACACUGAAUACAGGAAAACGCUCAAGGAGGGAUGUCGACCAACAUGUUAAGGAUAGGCUUUGUAGGAGCCGGCUGUGUAAAUUUCGGUCGGUGGAACGUUUCCUGGGAUCAUGCGUCGCGCCUUGAACAACUUGGCGGUUUCCAAGUGAUAGCAAUCGUCGAUCCGGAUACGGAGAAAGCCGAACAGGUGUUAAAGACAAGGCUGACGUCACAACAUGGCCGCUACUAUACAGAGUGUCGGGUACUGGCCGAUAUUGCUGAUCUAAUCGUCAUGAAUCCGGACGCAGUUUUUAUAGGUGUACCCCCUGUAGCACGGGGCAGUCUCCAGUGUAACAAGGACCUGGAACUGCAGUGUAUACGGGCUGGCAUCCACGUAUUCAUGGAAAAGCCCAUGUCGGUACUGCCACUUGACGACUUCCAACCGUAUGCGGCUGCCAUACAGAAAGCUGUUGGUGAAUCCAACGUAGUCCUUUCUGUGGGAUACAUGUUCAGAUACCAUGCAGCGGUUACGAAAAUGAAAGAACUGAUAAAAGAACACGGAGGGAAGGUAAUGGCAUUUAACGCACGGUAUUACUACGCGUACACUGAAAUGACUAACAAAUAUUGGUAUAACGCUGAUCUGAGCGGAGGUCCGGUAGUUGAACAAGCCACACACUUCUGUGAUCUAGCCAGGUAUAUUGUGGGAGACGUUGACUUAGCGUCUGUACACACACUUAUGCUUGAAGCAGAUGACCGGAGUGGUGCUGGCCACAUUGCGCAUGUUCCGUUGGGUGCAGAGGAAGAUAUUCCGCCACGCAAAAGAAUCCCACGUGUGACCAUCAGUCAUUGGCGAUUCGAGGACGGUGGUCUUGGAACUAUGAUGCAUUCGAUCGCGUUACCUGGUACCAGAUAUGAAGCAACUAUUGAUGUCCAGUUGGACGGACUGAAAUUGUCAUUGAUCGAGCCAUACCAGGACAAUUGUAUUCUGCGCGUGCGUACAAUGGAAAAGGGAAGGCGUAACGAGGACAGAGACUUCACGUUUGAAGGAAGCGACUCCUACAGCACGGAGCUGAAGACAUUUAUGGAAGCUGUCCGAACUAAUGAUCAGUCUUUGAUAAAGAGCUCGUACUCCGACGCCGCUAAGACGUACGAACUGACUUGGGCAAUACGUCUGAGCGGGGAACAGAACUUCAGGGCCUAGAGGGGAAAAGAAUACAAGCAUAUGAGGGAUUGGUGAAGGGAAUCUUGGGAAAUGUUGAUAAGAGGUUUGAUAUGAUUUGCCGAUGACAAACGAAACCUUACUGGAACAGUUACUGACCGAAACAACUCAUUGGGUCAGAAAACAUAAAGACGACCAUUUUAAUUAUACCGAGUGAAAUUUUUCAGCAAAACAAUAGCACUAACAGUUCGGUGGUUUUUCUCCGGGCACUCCGGCUUUCCUCCACCUCCAAAACCUGGUACGUCCUUAAAUGACCCUGGCUGUUAAUAAGACGUUAAAAAAACAAACCAAACCUAACAGUUCUGUAUUGACAAGAAUGUAAGAUGAACUUGUAAUAUCGAAAUAUCAGUGAUCCUCGUAUCAGUAAAAUAUAAACUGACAGUGCUGAAAUAGGAAAAUUAGAUACCUUGAGAAUUGUACUUAAGAUAGCAUGUGAGUCACGAAAAUAAUGCAUGUACAGUGCUUUACACGGAAAUCAACACCAUUAACGUAAAAAUAAAAAGCAAUGAAAUAACGUGACAAACAAAAAUUUAAACUUGAUAUCAUUUUAUGUAAAGAUAUACCAGUUGAUUAUGCUUUUGAUUCGUUAGUCCAAUUCGGUCAUUCUUUAGCAUGCAUUAAAGUAUAAUAUUUCUA